AAACUAGCCCUUCAGGUAGCAGCCUGCCUUCAAGAGCCGGCUGCCCUCCUCUGCACCUGCCUGCGGCUACAACAAUCACACACAGGCUGGUUUGAAACCUGUCCCUCUGUCUAGAGCUCUUGCUCCGUGACUUGGGUAGUUCAGUGACAUUUUGUUGUUUCGAUAAAGAAGAUGUCACUUCUUUUCUUUUUCAUUUUCAGCAUCAUUUACUUUCCAAUUUCCUUUGUGCAUUCCUUUUUCAUAACUGCUUACUUUUACUUUCUAGGAAUGUUAAAAGAGAGAGGAAAGUUCUGAGUCUUGAAAAUCAUACAGGAAAUAUGUGACCUCUUCUUUUCCCUUACAUUUUCUCUUCCUGUUUUUGCAACAAACCUCAAGGUGGAAAUAGAAAAUAUUUCAGGAGCAUUAGGACAACUUUUAUAAAGUAAAACAACAAAUACAAAAGAAGAGGUAAGAAUUUUAGAAUUAGGCAAAAAUAGCAAAGAAAAAAUGGAUUGCUUGACCAUGAUUUUGACAGAGCUAGGACAAUGGCCUUGGUUGGGACAAAGCAGCGGCCCGAAGCAGCAAAGACACAUUCCAGCUGCUCAAACACCUGGACGGUGGUGGUGGUUGCACUUUACACUUCGUGAGGGCAGGAGUGGAGGUUAACCAUCUUGGUAUAGCCCAAGCUCAACGUAAUGAUGGGCAAGUACUAAAUAUUCAGUAAUUUUCUCCAUUGAGCAGAGCAAAUAAAACUAAAUUUGACAAACUAAAUAUUUUGUCGCCGAGAAUAAGGUAAGAUCUAUGCCUGUAAAGAUCAGGUGUCUUUUACAUCUGAUCAACACUUCCAAGAGGGAAGGGAGGAGCAAGAAGAUUUAGAAAAGAAGCCUAACAAAGCCUUCUUAAAAGUCGUUUUUAACAUCAGAGAGAAAUAUCCAGAUGUCCCUAUCAAUAGUUCAAAGUUGGUUUUUGCUGAGAUGAUAAGCAUUUCCUUGAAUUGGGACUUCUAAGCUUUUAAUGAAUAAAUUUCACUUCAGUUGUAAGAAUACAGAAAGAGUCGAAAGUAAUGACAACUUUCCAGGUUCUCGAAGAGAAAGGAAAGUCCAAAAUGGGGAAGUACAAAGACCUGGGGAAAAUUCAGAGAAUGAAAACUCUUGUGCUGAGUAUUUAAGAGGCACCUAGACAGAAGAUCCUCAGAGAAGCUAGACAAAAGCUCUCAAUCUCCCGUCUCAACCAGAAGAGCUGCGUCUUGGCACUUACCAAUGGCUUUCUCAGUGUCUUCCCUGAUGGCACUGGUGGUGAUCUCCUCCAGCCCCGUCUCCUCCAUGAGCUGCGACCUGCCUGCGAGCCUUGACUUGAGAAAGCAGGAGACCCUCAGAGUUCUGGACCAAAUGGAGACAAUCUCUCCUCCUUCCUGUCUGAAGCACAGGACAGACUUCAAAUUCCCCCAGGAGCAGCUGGAUGGCAGGCAGUUCCCAGAGGCCCAGGCCACGUCUGUCCUCCACGAGAUGCUCCAGCAGAUCGUCAACCUCUUCCACACAGAGCGCUCCUCUGCUGCCUGGAACACGACUCUGCUGGACCGACUCCUCACGGGACUCCAUCAGCAGCUGGAAGACCUCAACACCUGCUUGGAUGAGCAGACAGGAGAGGAAGAAUCCGCCCUGGGAACUGUGGGCCCUACACUGGCCGUGAAGAGGUACUUCAGGAGAAUCCGUCUGUACCUGACAGAGAAGAAAUACAGUGACUGUGCCUGGGAGAUUGUCAGAGUGGACAUCAUGAGAUCCUUCUCUUCAUCAGCAAACCUGCAAGGAAGAUUAGGAAUGAAGGAUGGAGACCUGGGGUCACCUUGAAAUGAUUCUCCUACACUACUGGGCCAUGGCACCCUUGCACCUGUCUUUAGUCAUUUCAAAAGGCUCUUAUUUCUGCUUUGGUCAUAUACUUUAUUGAAUUCAAUUCAGCAAAUAUUUUGUCAGUAGUUUUAAGCAAGAAUAUGUAAGAAAUAUUCAGGUCCUAGAGCAUCAGUGCUUAAGAGAGGGCUGCCCUCAUGUUUCUAUUUAUUGUUUGUUUGUUUAUUUAUUUAUAUUUAUUUAUUUAUUCUUUUCUCUUAU